AUGCGGCGUGCCUUUGACAGCUCAGACCUCCACGACUUCGCGCAGCUGAGCGAGAGCACGUACUACGUCUACAACGACAUCGAGCACUUCAAGGACGAGCCGCACGCCGUGAGGAUCCACUGCGAGGAGGACAUCCACGUGACGGAGGAGGUCUACAGGCGGCCCGUCUUCCUGCUGCCCUCCUACAGGUACCAUCGGCUGCCCAAAGUGCCCGUGGACGGGGCGCCUCUCGAGGCCCAGUUUGACGCCUUCAUCGGUUCCCUCAGGGAGAGCCCGAACCUGCUGCUUCUCCGCGACCCCGGCAGACCCCCGCCGGCUCUGCUCUUCAGCUGCCAGACUGGCGUCGGCAGGACCAACCUGGCCAUGGCCAUGGGCACGCUCGUCCUCCUCCACCACAAGGGAGCAACGCAGAAACCAGACCUCCCCCAUCCAGCUAAAACCUCUCCGAGGGAGAGGUUUCGGGUUAUUCAAAACUUCGUUGAGAUGGUACCGAAAGGCCAACAGAUAGUUGAGGAGGUGGACAGCGCUAUUGCCUUCUGCUCGGAGAUGCACGACAUGAAGGAAGCUAUCUACGAGUACAAGAAGAAGCUGGAAGGGAUCGGAGAAGACUACCAGAUCCAGGGGGACAGCACCAAAGAGUAUUUCCUCCAAAGGACUUUGCAGAGCCUUGAACGCUACUUCUACUUGAUCGCUUUCAACUACUACCUUCACGAGCAGGUGAGCAGCUCCUUCCCCUUUUCCUUUUACUUAGGUUGCCCUCCGCUCCAGCGGCGGGAGGGUGAGGGAGGGAAGGAGCGGCUGGGCUUCUGCACCGGGCAGAAGAAGAGCUGGAUGGUACGCGUCCUGGUGGCGGACGAGCGCUUCUCCCCGGACGUGCUGAGCACCGUCAAGGAGAUGAGCGUGGCCAACUUCCGGCGGGUGCCCAAGAUGUCCGUUUACGGGAUGGCGCAGCCCAGCUCCAAGACUAUCGGGAGCGUCCUGCAGUACUUGACCGAUGCCAAGAGGAAGCAUUCCCACAUCUUGUGGAUCAACCUCCGGGAAGAAGUAGUCCUGGAAGGGAACGAACAAAUCUAUACCCUCAGGGAACCUGGAAACCUUGAACAACUGAUCACAGUGCCUGUCUCCUCGCCUGAACAGCUCGAGAAACUAGAGUCUACCCUGAAGAGCGACGUGCUGAAAUCCCAGAAGUGGCUGGAGGUUUACCUAGAGACGGAGAAGCAGAUGAAGAUGUUCAAGAGCUGCUUGACCACGCAGGAGAUAUUUAAUCAGCAGAAGAACACGUGCCAGGGACUGAUAUACCGGCGGAUCCCUAUCCCCGACUUCUGCGCUCCCAAGGAGCAGGACUUCGACCGGCUGCUGGAGGCCAUGAAGAGCACGCUGGCCGAGGACUCCCGGGCAGCCUUCGUCUUCAACUGCCACAGCGGCAAGGGGAGGACCACCACCGCCAUGGUCAUCGCUGUCCUCACGCUGUGGCAUUUCAACGGCAUCCCCGAGAUGAGCGAGGAUGAAAUUGUGAGCGUGCCUGACGCCAAGUAUACCAAAGGAGAGUUCGAGGAAACGGCCUCACGGCGCUUGCGGGACGCCCGAUUUGUCAAGGAAGCAAAGGGGCCGUCAGCCUUCAGCGACGCGGGCUGCGGAAGAGCCUGCGUCGGCUCGCCGAGGGGAGGAGGCUGCAGCUAA